AUGGCGGUGGCCACCUUCUUCUAUGCUGAGAUCCUGGCUGUCCUGCUCCUCUGCAGCCCCUUCAUCUCUGCGCAGAAAUGGCAGAAGAUCUUCAGUUCCCGCCUGGUAAUCCUGGUACUGAGCCACGGGCAGCCCUUCUUUGGGAUCCUGCUGUUGAUCCUGGCCCUGCUGUUCCUGGACGCCAUGUGGGAGAUCAGGAAGUUUGACACCAUGGAGAAGUCGAGCCUGCUCAACUGCCCGUCGGCCUUGGAGCACCACCAGAUGAAGCUCUUCCGAGCCCAGCGGAACCUGCAUGUCACGGGCUUCACGCUGCUGCUGUCGCUGCUGCUUCGCCGCCUGGCCAGCCUCCAGAACCAGCAGGCCUCGCUGCAGGCCUCCCGGGAGGCCCUGCAGAGGCAGGCUGAAGGGGCGGGCGAGGUGGCUCAGCGGUACCUGACGGAGAAGGAGAGGCUGCUGGAGGAGGCCGAGGCCCAGGCCAGCCUGCGUAUUGCAGCCGAGGUGAGCCAGAACCAGGCCCUGAGGGCGGACCUCAGGAAGCUGGCUGAGGAGCUGGAGGCCUGCCGCAGGAACCUGGGGCGGGCCCAGGCUGAGGCCCUGCACCUGUACAAGCGUUGCGAGGUUCUCACCGAAGAGCUCGCCCGCCAGGGGGAGCAGCAGCCUGGAGCGGGCCCCUUGGAGGCCGAGGGGAUCCCCGAAGACCAGAUGAUGGAGUGA